GAGGUCAGAAGUGAAGAGGGAUCAGCAAGGAGCAGGGGCUGAGCCGUCAGGGGCGCGGGGGUUGGGCAGCCAAGUUUACCUUCCCAGACCUACCAGUCUCCUUCUGCCAGCAAGCCCUCCUGGACACACCCAGGCCCACCGCCAGGGGGCCCCCUCCAUUCCCACACCGGUCCGAGAAGCACUGGUAGAAGCCCCACUCCUGCCCCCAUCCCCCCAGGGUGGACGCCCAGCCCCAGCGCCUCCUUAGGGGUGGUGUCCCCUCCCGCAGGGUCCUCCAUACUUGACCCCUUUACGGAGAGAGAUAUAUGGGGCUGCUGGCAGGAGCCCCACUCUGCAGGGGACCUGGCCCGUUCCUGGGAGCUCUGAAGGGGCAGACAAAGCCCCAACAGGGGCCUGGGGACACCCCAACAACACCCUCGGGGUCCGUCACACAUGGGAUUGGCUGCACCUUUAGCCCAGAGGCCAGCACCUCCCCAGUCCUCAGUCCGUGGAAAUGUCGGAAGGUCAGGCCAUUUAUUUUUCUGUUUGUGUCCCCGACUGCUCACCUGCCCAAAGCCAGCCGUGACCCCAGCAGGUCGGACCCAUGCUUCCCUUCUGGUUGAGGCAAGGGGCUCGGUGGGAAGGCCAGUGCUGCCAAACUCACAUGGAGCCCCCACCCCCUCUUCCCCUGGCCCCAGGGGCAGGGAGCUCUUGCAGCCCUGGAAACCCCUACCCAGCCCCUGCCACCCCGUGGACAGCUGUCCCCCAACCCAGGCCCCCAGCUGUUUCUGCACCCCGUUUCAUCAGACCCUCCAGCCCACCCUGAGGUUGCAGGUCCCCACCACAGAGGCUCUGUGGGGUUCUGGCCCCAGCCAACCCCACUGAGGCCUCUCUCAGAUCCCAGCCACUGAGGUCGGGCAGGGCAGUGACCCCGGGGACUAGAUCCAGCAAGAGUCCCUGUCCCAUGUGCCAGCACAGCAGCCCUCUCUCUGGGCCUCAGUCUCCCAGCCUGCAGAAUGGGGAGAAUGGCCCGCCCAGGGCAGCCUCUCGGAAAGUCCCCAGCCCAGCCUACAGCCUUGGCCCAGGCCCAGCUCCCUCCCCUAGAGGCAGCGCUUGGGGGCGGGAGGCAGGCGGCCUGUCCCCCUGAGGCCAGCAGCAGCUCUAACAAUGCGCUUCCCCCUGCACAAUUCCCAGAAACACCGCCCUCCCUGCCCUGCCAGCCCGCCAGCCUGGCGGCCACUCCACCCUCCCCUCCCCCUCCCCAGGGGCCCCCCCAGGCGACAGCAGGGCCAGGGGCUGCGGUGAAAGCAGGCGAUCUGACUCACAGGGGUCCCUAAGGCAGUGCCUCCCCAGGGGUCCAGGCACACCGGCCCUGACCUCCGGAGGGAGACAAAGAAAACUCCUGGGAGAGGCGGAUCACCAAGGAGGAGCCAGACCUUGGGAGGUCACCUUGGCCAGGCCUCAAUCCCAGAGCAGACUCCUGCCCUUCUCUCCUGGCAGGGAGUUGGUGAGUCCACCCUUACAGCCUGCACAGGGUCCCCACGUAGCAGCUGUACUGAAGCUGUAGAGAGCUAAGUCAGAGAAUACCCUGCUCUGCUCAAAACCCACUCGAGUCAGAGUCUUCCUCAGGUCAGAAAGCAAGACCCUCCCAGGCCCCACAUAGCCCCUCAGCCGUCCCCUCCCUUCUGCAAACUUCCCUGCCCCAGGACCUUUGCCCAUGCUGCUCCCCCUGCAAAAAAAACACACUUCCCGUGUAUCUUCUCAUCUCUUUCACAUGUUUCCUUCAGGGUUGGCCCACAAGCCCCUCAAGAAAGGACAGGCAGUGAGCACCCUGACACGGCCCCUCUCCCCCACAGCUGGCAGCAGCCUGGCACCCAGUAUCCUGGCCUGUUUGCGGACGUGUUAAUUGUCUCUCUCCCACGGGCAGGGGCAGGGACUCGGGUCUGUUCUGCUCACUGCCAAAUCCCUACCUCCUGGAAUGGGGCCCAAUCCGUGGUGGGUCAGUGUCCAGUGGAUGGAGGAACAGAAGGAUGGAUGAUUCCUGUCCCCAAGCGAGAAGGGGUAGAUGGUCCCCAAGAACACAGGCCUGCCUCCCAGCCCAUCUGGCAGCCCCAACUGCUUGGGUCAUCAAAGCCAUUUGUUACCAAAGCCAGGGCACCAGCAAAAAAACCCUACACUGCAGUGCCCACCAGGGCCUUUUGGGCCAGUGACAACCCCCCCCCCAAGGGGUCUCUGCUCCUUCUUCCCAGGAUUUGCAGGGCACAUGCAGACUGUCAGCAGAGCCUGGCAGGAGAGGGAGGGGUAGGGUAGCAUGGGCAGGGUAGGGGCUGGGAUACCCAAGUGUGUCAACACAGGCCCCAGGCAGGGCACCCAGAGAGCCACAUCUGCUCCACCAAGAGCCACCAAGGGGGACCAGGGCACAACUCCAGCGGGACCAGGACCCCUGCAGACCCAGGCCCGGGCACUGGUACCUGAAUAAAGACAGGCUCACCAGCAGCUGCCCCGGAGCCCAGACUGAGAGCCUGGGGGGCAGAGUGGGGGCAGGGGCACUGGGCCUGGCCGACCAGCCGGGCCGGACAACUAGACAGACAGAGUGUCUGGCGCCUGCUCAGCCAGGCUGGCCCUCGGCUCCCUCCUCACAGCUGCGGCCUUCCUUCCGGAGCUGGUGUUUCCUGGCUCCUCCCUGCUGUUGCUGUGGAAACCUAGGGCAGCCUGGGCCCCCCCCCCUGUUCCCACGGAGCCCCCGCUGAGCACCGAGCGGAGCCCACACAGGACGCAGCAACACCCGAGGACACGCAUGGCCCCAACACCCCGGGGCUCACAUAGCUGGACACCCCAACUCUUGUCCAGCACAGUAUCCUCAGCAUUUGGAAACAGCCUCUGUGACACCUGAGACCCACCCAAGUGACUGAACUGGACAGUCCACAGCUCAUCUGCCCUGCGGCCACCGUACUGGGGGGCCUCCUUACACAUGCUGCGUUCAGGGCCUCCACACCCACCAGGCCCUGUGCCCUCCCACACAGAGAAGCCCCAUUCUUGGUCCUGCUAGCCAAACACAAAAGGCAGACCCCACCCCUGCACGACACCCCUAUACUUGCAACUGCGCUGUCCUCUCCAUGCAGCCAAGACGCCCACAGUAACAGCCCGACCACCACUGAGCACACAGACACCCAGCCCUGCCUGGGACCCCCAGGUCACAGGAAAGGGGCAAAUUGUGCACUGAUCCCAGCACUCUUGAGAGCUACCGCCUGGCAAGUGUGGGCACCGUGCCAGUUUUCUCCAGCUCUACCCCAGCUGCUCUUUCCCAGGAGUGAGGCCCAUGGUGCUUGGGAAGCCCAGCGGCUCUCUGCACACCAGGCCCAGCACCCAGGACUGAGAGCAGGAAGGCAUGGGGCCAGGCAAGUCCGCUGUCCCCAGGCACGAGCCCCAGGGUCCACCUGCACCAGGCCUGCCCCUGUGAGACAUGCCUGCACUGUGCACAAACCUGUGUCAGCUUGGUUCUAGGCCUUUGGACAGCCUCCCCAGAAUCCUCAUGCCCACCCCGCCCUCCUCCAGUCCUUGGCGCAGCCUCAAGGAUGAGCAGGAGGACCCAGGCUAGGCCUGGAGCCCUGGCCUCCAGGACCACAAGGUAGGGUCUGAAAUGGGCAGCCUGGCUCCAGAGCUGAGGUGUCAGGAGACCAGAGAGUCCUCUCCACCUGGACCCCACCCCCACCUCUGGGAGCAGGAGGGUCUAGCCCUGUGGGACUCAGUAAUUGGUCCCAGCCCCAGCUACUCCGGCAGCAGCCGGGGCUGGGUGGGUGGGAUCCUGUGAGGUCUAUGCCCCGGGCAGCGCCUGGGAGGUCCGCCACCCCCAGAGCCCAGCCAAUCCCCCACCCAGAGUCACUGAGGGAUUUCCCAGCAUCCUUUGUGGGCUUUGCCUGGAGCCUGGGGGUCUGGUCUAGGCUGAGGGAGGCAGUAGGCAGAGGGCCAGGAAAGCAGUGUCCACUGGCCACCCAGGCCAGCCCUCACUCACAGCGCAAGCUUGCCCUCCAUACCACCUUCUGUCCAGGGAGAUGGGGGCUGCAGACAGGGCCUCCUCAAGGGUGGGUGGCAACAGACCUGGACCAGGCCAGCCUGAGGUGAUCCUGAAGACAUAGGAACACCCCAGACUCUGAAUCACCUCCACUGUGGAUGAAGUGGGGGCCACAGCUUGGCAGCCAGAGAAAUCGUGGGAACCCUCCCAUGGUGGGUAUUGAGAGCCACAGCCUCCAUUCUGCUCCUAGUGGGACUCUGACCAGUCUCACCCUCACACCCAGGCAGAUACAUACACACAGACCACACGCAGAUGCAGACACACACCUCUGAGGCACAGCCGGCCCCACCCUCGCCAGCCCUCCUGCAGCCCUGGGGAGUACCCUUGGCCCUGAGGUUCCCAGGUCAGGGCCACCCUGACUGCAGCUCCCACCCCGUCGUUCUCCUGUCUGGACAGUGGGCUAGAGCCACCAUUAGCACCCCUGCCAGACAGCACACAGGGGAGGGUACCUGACCUAGAGAUGAGGAGUUACCCCAGGAGGCUCGCCCUUGCCUUGCCCAGCCCCAGCCCCAGCCCACAGGACGUGACAGCCAGACCCUUGAGUCCCACAGCUUAGCCAAGAGGGCUGGAGCCAUCUGGGGUUAGGUAAUUCUGGGCACUGCCCACCACUAGGCUCCCAGCUUGAACAACUCUGGGCUGUCAGGGGCCCCUAGGGGAACCAAAACUCCAUCCCACGGUAGGGGGCAGCAGUGGAGGACCCUGGAGGCCUCCUUCCCAAACCCAGUGAUCCUCAUCCCAGGUUAGCUGCUGCCCAGGCUGAACCAGUCCCUGGCGUCCCCAGGCCACACCCAGAAGACUGCAGGGAGAAGUAACCUCUGCUAAGCACCCGCCCCUUGGGUGAUGAGUCUUCCUCACUCAUGUCUCCCCACAAUCCCUGCAGGCUGCUCGGCCCACCCAGCCGCCCACAGCGGUCAAAGGGGAGCUGGCCCCGGGGCAGAGGCCUGUACACCUGUCCCCAAGGGCCCCCCAUUCUUGCCUGCCUCCCAGAAAAAGUCAGUCUUCCCUUCUAGACCCAAGAGAAGCCACUUUGACUGCCCCAGUACACCAGCGUGGGCUGAAUCAGUGAAUUAGGCGCUCAGGCCUGGGAGAUCUGGAAACUAGUCUGGGACCAACCCUACGUGAAACACCUGACCUGGGGACAGGGCGCACACCCAACAGCGUCCGUGUGAGAACCCCUGUGGGGCACUGGCCUCUCCCCAGGACAGCUCAGGAGCAGAUAUGGGAGGGGGGAGCUGUAGGAUCCACAGGGGACUCACCCCCUUCACAAGCACUGACUGUAUGUGGCCUUAAGGGACUACCAGGGACAGAGUACUGAGAGCCUCUGGCCACACAGACCCAGGGUCACCGACACCCGUGGCCACGCACCAUGGAGCUCCCAGCACUUGAGGGGUGAGGCUCCUCCCAGGCUACCAAUGGAUGUGCGGGAGGGAAAACUGAUCCCUCCCCAGGGCUGCUGAGGGCACUCGUCCCACCUCUAGCAGAACCACCCUCAGCAGGAGGGGACUGGGAAGGAGACUGCCCCAGGAGAGACCCUGCAGUUUCUGGAGCCCAGACUCCUGGUGGGGAGGCAACUGCAAGGAGGCUGGAAGCUCCUCUGGACACCCUCCCACGUCUGAUGGCCCCUUUCCCCCCACCUGCCGGAACCCGGGGUCCAGUCCUGCUCUUUUGCAGCAGCGCUGGCCCCGCUGCACAGGGGAACCCAGCUGCUACUGGUCCCAACCGGCCCUGGGGAGGAGGGUGGGACCUGGGGCUCCACCCACUCUAGAUCCCUCCCCUCUGGCUCUGGCAUGGGUCCAGAGCAUCUACCUUCUCCCUCCCAGUGGUACUCAGCUGUGGCCCACCUGGUUCCCAUCAGUUCGGGAGUAGGGGCGGGGGCAUGCCAAGACCAUCUUUCCCUUUAACCCCAUGAACAGGCCUGCGGGGGCUCGAAGCCCCCAGUGCUGCAAGUUCCACGUGUGGCUGGAGGAUGGAGAAGCAUGACGCCCUGGGGUUAUCCAGGGCAGCUCCCCCAGGGCAGCUCCCCCAGGACACAGGGCACUUUUCCCAAGGCGUCCUGCCCUCGGAGUUAGACUCUAUUGGGGAGGCAGCCUCCCCCAGUUACCGGUCGGGGGUCUGACUCUGGGUGGGGGGCAGCUCGUCUCUGAAAGUCUGACAGCCCCAUGAACAUACCCCCUUCCAAGUUUCAGGCCGUAUCAGCCGCCCUUUCCCACUCGGGGGUCUCUCCUUUGGGGAGGAUGCUGGGGUCGCCGUGCCUAGGAGGCCACAGCGGAAUCCUACCGGGCGGAGAAGAAAGGAAGCCCCCAGGAGGAGGGGGCAGCCUAGGCCCGGCCCGCCCCGCCCCGCCCGCCCGCCCCACCGCCUAUUGGCCCCGCGCCGCUAUAUCUGGGUGCCCACCCGGCGCGAGGCCACCGCCGUCGCCACAGCCGCCCCGACCGCCGCCCACUCUCCGCGCUCCCGCGCUCCAUUCCGACCAAGCCGCGCCCAGCUGGAAUGCAGAGAUCGCCGCCCGGCUACGGCGCACAAGACGACCCGCCAGCCCGCCGCGACUGUGCAUGGGCCCCGGGAUCCGGGGCCGCCGCUGAGCAGCGCGGCCUCCCCGCCGCCCCCGCCGCCCUCGCCGCGCCCGCCGCGCCCGCUUCGCCGCCCAGCCCGCCGCGCAGCCCGCCGCGCAGCCCUGAGCCGGGGCGCUAUGGCCUCAGCCCGGCCGGCCGCGGGGAGCGCCAGGCGGCUGACGAGUCACGCAUCCGGCGGCCCAUGAACGCCUUCAUGGUGUGGGCGAAGGACGAGCGCAAGCGGCUGGCACAGCAGAACCCGGACCUGCACAACGCGGUGCUCAGCAAGAUGCUAGGCAAGGCGUGGAAGGAGCUGAGCACCGUGGAGAAGCGGCCCUUCGUGGAGGAGGCGGAACGGCUGCGUGUGCAACACCUGCGCGACCACCCCAACUACAAGUACCGGCCGCGCCGCAAGAAGCAGGCGCGCAAGGCCCGGCGGCCGGAGCCCGGCCUCCUGCUCCCGGGCCUGGCGCCGCCGCCGCCGCCGCCGCCGCCCGAGCCCUUCCCCGUGGCGACUGGCGCAGCCCGUGCCUUCCGCGAGCUGCCCCCGUUGGGCGCUGAGUUCGACGGCCUGGGGCUGCCCACGCCCGAGCGCUCGCCGCUGGACGGCCUGGAGCCCGGCGACGCCGCUUUCUUCCCUCCGCCUGCGGUGCCCGAGGACUGCGCGCUGCGACCCUUCCGCGCGCCCUACGCCACCGCCGAGUUGCCCCGGGACCCGGGCGGCUGCUACGGGGCGCCCCUGGCCGAGGCGCUCAGGACCGCGCCCGCCCCCGCCGCGCCGCUCUCCGGCCUCUACUACGGCGCCCUGGGCGCGCCCGGCCCGAGCCCGUACCCCGGCCCGCUGUCCCCGCCGCCCGAGGCCCCGCCGCUGGAGGGCGCCGAGCCGCUGGGUCCCACCGCCGACCUGUGGGCCGACGUGGACCUCACCGAGUUCGACCAGUACCUCAACUGCAGCCGGACUCGACCCGAUGCCGCCGGGCUCCCGUACCACGUGGCGCUGGCCAAGCUGGGCCCGCGCGCCAUGUCCUGCCCGGAGGAGAGCAGCCUGAUCGCUGCGCUGUCCGACGCCAGCUCUGCCGUCUACUACAGCGCGUGCAUCUCCGGCUAGGCCGCCGGCCGCCCGGCGCGCGCUGGUGUCGCCGUGCAUCACCACUCUGUCUCUCUCACAGGUGUCUAACGCCGCUGCUUGUAGCAGGCCCGCGGGAACCAGCGAGGUUGGUGCUUGGCCACCCGCCCAGGGCGGCCCACAGGGGUGGCUCCCACUUGUCCCAGGGCUCUCCCAGGAAGCCCAGGCCUAGGACAGGUUAAGUUUUUGAAGCGCCUCAUCCUUUUCUUGCAGUGUAUUUUCCAGAACCAGGCUGUAUUUUUUACUUUACUUUUUUUAUAUACAGAAAACAAUAUAUUUAAUUUUUAAUUAAACUUUUAAACCUUUUCUCCCAA